CAGUGGAGUGACGCGGAUCUGUGUAGUCAGGGUGGGCAGGGAAAAAUCUCUGCGGGGAUUUUUCCACACAACUCAGCAGUGAAGUGGCAACCGCUGCUGCCGUCUCACCUACUGGAGCUGUUUUGUUCCAAGUUGUUUCUGCUGACCAAGUGUGAAACAAGUGUCAGAGGGAGAGCGACUGAUGUUUCUGCUGAACAUGUAGCCGGCUGAGGAAUGAGAGCAGCUGCGAGGCACCGGCGGCUCUGCCAGCGGUUCUGCUGCUGCGGAGUCGGACUGUUCGCCGUCAUUUGGCUCGCACAGGUUCUCCAGACUCCAGCACAAGGAAGCGUGGCCCGAGAGAGUAUUUUAACUGUUGACUCUCUUGAAGACAAUGAAGAACCAUCUUCCAUAUCAGCCUUCAGAGAUCCUCCUGAUGGCCUAACAACUGAACCACAUGACAGAGCUCUCUCUGAUGUGGGGGAUUGGACAUAUGAUGAUGGACAUAUGUUCAGUGAGGGAUUUGAAGAGGGUUUGAGUGAGGAGUGUGCAGAAGAGUCAAAUUUCAAGGACACAACAGACAAACCAUUAUAUGACAAUGCAUCAAUAACUGUGGCAACUGCCUUUUGAUCGGCAUGGCUUAUGUAAAUUGUCAUAAAGUAACUGAUAAGGCCCUAAGUGAUUUGCUCAAAAUGUUGAAGUUGCUUUGUCCCGAUCUGAAUGCAGAAGUUCAAAGGCUUUUUUUUCUCCCAGUCUGCAUCAUCCCCUAUUGUAUUGCAUAAAUAUUGCAGUAAUUGUUUUGGGUCAUUAGAAGAUGAACAGUUAGCAUGUCUGUCUUGUGGGACCAGUGUGUCCGACGAAAGAUCCUCAUCCUUCGUAGAGGUUCCAAUCGAGGCUCAAAUAAGGUAAUUGUUUCUGAAUCCAGGUUUUCAGGAGAAGCUUAACUUUAGAUUAAGCAGGAAGAAGACAGGCACCAACAGCAUUGAAGAUAUAUAUGAUGGUGAAGUUUACAAACAGCUUGAAGAUGGGGGUGGUCCUCUUAGUGACCCUAAAAAUAUCUCACUUACUUGGAACACAGAUGGGGUACCUAUUUUUAAAUCGUCAAAGUUUUCAGUUUGGCCUUUUUAUUGUAUCAUCAAUGAAUUGAGCUUCAUGGAACGCACAAAAAGAGAGAAUAUGAUAUUUGCUGGACUUUGGUAUGGGGAUUCAAAACCAUCCAUGGUUACAUUUCUUAGACCACUAAGUGACACACUGAGUAAACUUGCAGACAAUGGAAUUCUUGUGCAACCUGCAGGGUUGACAUCUAAACCAUUUUUGUGUAAAGUGCUCACCAUUGCUGGAACAUGCUACUUGCAUUAGUCCUUAAUUCAGUGCAAUACAAUGGGAAAUUUGGAUGCCAUAAAUGUGAGCAGCCAGGAGAGACUGUGAGGACAGGGGAAAGGGGACAUGUCCAUGCCUUUCCAUACCAACAUAGAGAUCCAAAAGGGCCACUUCGCACAAAUAAAAAGUUUGCUCUCAAAUGAGAAAAUCGCAAAAUCGCAAAUGAGACCAAAACCACUGUUAAAGGGGUGAAGGGUCCCUGUUGGCUUAGCAAAAUUAAAAGUUAUAACCUUAUCAAAGGCACUGCUGUAGAUUAUAUGCAAUUAGUCCUUCUUGGAGUAAUGCGCCUUUUGAUGGGUCUGUGGUUUUCUACAGAGUUUUCUCGUCAGCCCUUCAGCAUGGCAAAAAAUGCUAAAGAAAUUGACAGGCGAUUUCAUGAUAUCUCUCCUCCAUCCUCAACUCGAUCAGUGGCAUCUCACAGAAUGUUUUUUAAAGCAUCAGAAUAUCGGGAUCUUUUGAUCUUCUAUGGACCUGUUGUUUUCCGUGGAAUUCUUGCAAUACUGUACUACAGUCACUUCCUUCUACUAAGUGAAGCCAUUUUCAUUUUGUUGAUGGAAUCCAUAUCAGUUGAACAGAUUGAUCAUGCAGAGAAACUGUGCAACUUUUGUUCUCAAAUGGCUAAUCUCUAUGGUGAGCAGUACGAAACUGCAAAUGUACACCUUCUCAUGCACCUAGCUGACAGUGUCAGGGCCCUUGGUCCACUAUGGACUCAUUCAUGUUUCCAUUUUGAAGACAAGAAUGGCUAUUUGUUAAGGCUCAUACAUGGCACUCAAAAUAUACCUAUGCAGAUGGUUCAUGCAGUCAAACUUGUGCAGUCCAUUCCUGUUAUUUCACAAACCAUAAAGCCAGGGAAUUCCAUAGCUGAAUUUUACACACGGAUGACUAAAGAUGAUAGUUUCUGUCAGGAAAACAAUGAUUUAUCUAGGACUAAACUAUAUGGAGCAUCUAGUGAACUUCAACUGGACACAGUUCACCUAUCUACAUUGGAGAGACAUGCUGGUCACUGUAUCAAUUCUAAAACAGUAAGGGUCUUUCACAGGGCACAAGUCAAAAGAAAUUACCUCACAUCGAAACACUAUGGGAAAGGCAAUAGAAGAAACAAUUUUACAGUUGUUUUUUCUAGUGAAGGACAAACAAAGUAUGGACAGAUUGAGUUCUUCUUUACCUCAGAACAAUCAUGUGCCAAAUGGGCCCUUGUUCGUGAAUUCAAAAGUGCAGGUUUUUCUUUGCUGCAAGAUAGUGUAACAAAUGGUACAUGCAAUCAUGUUGUUCCCCUAUUGGACACCAAUGCCAAUACAGUAGUUUCCUUGGAUAACAUAUAGGGCAAAGUUGUUUUUCUUGACUUGACAUCUAUGCCUGGCAUUGUGUUUGCAGCUCAUUUCCCAAACACACUUGAAAAGUUUUAACCCAUUAAAACCUCAACUGGCCUAAGAAGCCACAAUCUAAUGCUUUAUCAUUUAAAUAACCUGCUCUGAAAAUGCACACGGUCCACACAACUGACCAUGAAUACUUUUUAGAAUUCAGCAACAGUACAAAUAGUACAUAGCACACAUAGUUCAAGGCAUCAAACAGCAACUAGCUUAGCUGGAUCGCUAUUAUAAAAUGAACACAACUCACUACUCUCCUGCAACAGCUUCCUGCUGAGGGGAAGCCAGAUGAGUCGAUGACCUAUUGGAUGCAACAAAGGGCCUACAGCAGGGGUGGCCAACCAGUCAGAGCCUAAGAGCCACAUUUUUUUACUGUGUUACCCCAAAGAGCCACAUCAUACACAUGGGCACACAUGAACAUCGCCUCAUCCCUUCCUCACACACACACACAGACCUCUGCUUAGCCAGAUUUAUUGUAAAUGUCACACACCAACAUGAUAAUGACAGAAUUUGACUUCUAUAGACCACGGGCCAGUCAUUUUCAACAUUGAACAUUGUGUGCACUGUCUCACACACACAAACUCUCAGUUCAACCAAGUCCACAAACAAAAAUAUAAUAAUUAAAAUAUCUUUUUUCUCUUACUGUGCAUGUUGCUUAGUGGGACUUCUGGCAUUCCUUGCCUUGAACAAUCCUCUUCAGAUCUGGCUUGUAUUCAGUUGUUGCCACUCGAAGCAAUUCUUUCACAUGGGUGUCAGUCAGAACAGAUCGAUGCUUUGAUUUCACAUGUUUCAGGGUAGAAAACACAGACUCGCAGACGUAUGUUGACCCAAAUAUUGACAGUAUCUUAAGCGCAGCCCGUUUGACAUUGGGGUAUUUUUCCAUUGGCACACUUUUCCAGAACUCAAUGACCCCUUCCCUUAAAGCAGGUUUCAGUUGGUCCUCCUCACAAAGAUCGAUAAUCUCCAACUCAGCCGCAGCCUCAUCUGCCUUGACGCUUUGAAAUGCGCUAAUGACGCCUGGCAUAUAAGGCAGAAUGGCUUGCCAUUACGCUCAACAAAAAAAUAUAAACUCUCCCAUUCUGUUAAAAACGUCCUGUGUUCAUCUUCAUAUUUUCGUUUGGCUGUGCAUUUUUUCCCUGCCAUUUUGAAGGCGAACUGGACACAAAUUGUUUACUCAAAAGAUCUUGUCCCUACUGGGAAACUUUGCCGUAUUUAUGCCAUAUUGAGACUCAUUUGAGAGCUUGCAUUAUUCUCAUUUUUCUUUUUGUUGAGACACUAUAAAAGAGACAGCUGUAAGAGAAUCUGAGAACUCAAAUGGUGAGCAGCGAGAGACAGAACCAUGUACAUUUCUCACUGAGACAUAACUGAGACAGUGCUUCCAAGUAAGGAUAUCAAAAUGAGACAUAUUUGAAAGCAGCACAAUAUGUCUCAUUUUUCUCUUAGCUGAGAUCAAGAAAAGAGACAGUUGUGAGAGAAUUUAGAGAACUCGCAAAGUGCUCACUGUGCUCACACCUGAGACUUAAUUCUCAGGAGAGACAUUUGAGAAGAAUGAGAAAACCACUUUGGUCUCGAUUAGUGCUCAUUUAUAUCUAGGAGAUGUAAAUGUGACAUAAAGGAGAUCUCAUCUUCAAUUUUGCUUUGCUAUGGGAAGACGGCAAAGCUGGUCAGCCAAAGAAGUAGGAAGGUGCAUGAGAAGAAGAACAGCUCAGUCAAUCCUCAUGUCUCCUCUCUCCUCAGGCGAUUAAUGGACUUUGAAUGGCUUUGAGCUUAAGUCAUAUGCAAAAGAUGAGGAUUCUUGUCUUCCCCACUAUAUGAGUGGACAUUGUUCUUAAAGGGAAAUUUUGCAGAUUUUUAACCAUAUCGCUAUAUAUCCACGUUAGGGAUCUCGUGUGAAUUUAGCCGGCGCAGCUGCAAAAUCUGUUGUUCUUCCGGCACCAGCACUGUCAUGACGGAGCUGGAGCCGGAAGAACAACACAGUGCCCCAGAGAUAUGGAGAACAUCGGCAACAACAGCAGGUGUUUUUCACACUGUAUCCCUAACUCAGACAGAUAGAGUUAAAGGGAUAGUUUGGGUUUUUUGAAGUGGGGUCAUAUGAAGUACUUUUCUAUAGUCGGUGUGUUAACUACAUUAGCUGCUGCUCAGCGAUCCCUCAGUUUGGAGAAGCUAAUCGUCCCAUAUGGAAAAGAAAUAGAAAAAACUUAUAAAAAUUUCCCAUUGCCUCUAAUAGUAAAUGUUUAUGUUUUAUAUAUAUUGUAUGUUUUAUAAGACCUAUAUGUCUCAUACUAUGAUUUACUCAUGAAA